AUUACAGAGGGCGAUAUCGUACGACCGGUGUUGUUAGGAAAUGCCGCACUCCUCAUACUCAGUCAUUCCGAACAUUUGAUUUAAAAAAAUUUUCAUUAUCUUUUUUUGUCAAGCGUUAAAAAACAAAGCCUGGGCUAAAUUCAGCGGAAUAUUUUAAUGUGACUGCUUAAAAGAAAAUACGAAAAUUAUUCUUGUAAAACGAAAUGGGAACUGUUCACGCAAAGGAAUCGAAUAUGUUUAGAAAUAUUAAUGAGACUUCGAACGAAACUAAUGAAAGACAAAAUUUAAAAAAGGAUGAUCCUUCUUCAUAUAAAAAGACAAAUUUUUUUGAGAAAACAAAAGAAAAGCCCAUUGAUCUUCAUUCAGUAAGGGCAAGAGUUGAUAAGAUACACGUAGAUGGGCUUAUAAGGACAAAGGAUGACAUAGUGAAAGCUCAAGUAACGGAGCUUUUUAAAGCACAAGACUUUUACGAUGUUAUAUUGCGUGCCUACAAAGUUAGAGAAAAGCUGCAAGGUUUAGGAUGUUUUGGGAAUGUUGGAAUUUUCAUUGAUACCAGCCAAGGUCCUCAUGCCACCCCAGAAGGCGUUGAAGUGACUUUUACCGUGCGCGAGAUGAGGCGGCUAACCGGUGGAAUUAGUACUAUGGUUGGAAACAAUGAAGGUUCAGUGAUAGUUCAAGCGAGAGCACCUAAUUUAUUUGGAAGAGGAGAACGGCUUCAGAUGGAAUAUUCUUAUGGUUCAAAAAGUUCGACUAACAUAAGUGUAUCUGCUGUCAAACCAUUUGUAGAUAAUUGGCUACAUACAGUAUUAACUGCCAGCGUGUUUAACACGUCGAAUAGAUUUCCAUGGUCUGGUUUUAAUCAAUGCGACAAAGGUUUCUUAUUAGACUUCGCGCUGAAUCCGGACGGGACGGGUAUAUUGAAGCACAAUUUACAAUACGAAGCGACGUACAGGGAUAUAAUCUGCGCGAAGCAAGCAUCAUUUCUCGUUCGGGAACAAUGUGGUCCAAAUUUGAAGUCCGCGUUGCGACACAUAUGUUCGAUAGAUAAAAGAGACUCGUUAAUAUUCCCCACCAUGGGAAGCCUGAUACAGUUCUCGACGGAAGUGGCCGGUCUCGGCGGAGAUAUGGGGUUCGUGAAAAACGAGCUGACGAUGCAAACCAAUUGGACUCCGCACGAAUGCCUUACCUUCCAGCUGGGUUUCCAAUCUGGAUUACUUCGCGGGAUUACUAACGACAUGAAAAUAAAUAUCGCUGAUCGAUUCUUCUUGGGCGGGCCACUGAAUCUCAGAGGGUUCGAUAUGAGAGGCUGCGGGCCUCACCACGAGGGCACUUCUUUGGGCGGCGAUGCGUAUUGGGCGGUCGCGCUUCAUUUGUACACACCACUGCCAUUCAGACCAGGUCGUAAUGGGUUCGGUGAUCUGUUCAAGCUACAUGGCUUUAUCAACGGCGGAAACGUAACGAAUUUUAGCUUUAAAUUUGCGAAUGACUACAAGGAAAACAUGAAAAUUUUUACGGAGAACGUUCGUUGCGCGGUUGGCGGAGGUAUCGCGAUGAAACUCGGGAACAUAGCUAGAGUCGAAUUAAACUUAAUUAUGCCGUUGUUAUUCCUCCAGAGAGACGUACUACAACAGUUCCAGUUCGGUAUCGGGUUGCAGUACUUAUAAAUAAUUCCUGUUUUUUUUUUGGGGUAGUAAAUUAUGUACCUUGUAUUAUUUUUAUGUGCGCAUUUAAUGUAAAAUAAAUUACGAUUAUAAAUUUGUUAUUCUUACGAACGUACAGUUUAAUGCCGUUGAACAUACAUAAUUAACGAGGGUAAGAAAGGUUUUCAAUAAAUGAUGCCAUAGAUUUAA